UUCUAUUUUGUCUUGACAUUGUUUCUCCAACAUUUUUUUUCAUCUAUAAAUAGCCAAACACAACAACACAUCAAAUCCCUCCACCCAAUCCUCUCAUUCUUUCUCUUUAGUGUUCAAUAAUCUAUUCACCACAACCCUAUCCUUUUCUUCACUCUUUGAAAAAUAUGAUUCAACAAGAAAUUUUUCACUCUCCAUGGCCAUUAGUUUAUGAAGACAUAAACUCAUCAAUUUUUGUUAAUCAUAAUCAUCAAGUUGUUGAUCCAUAUAGCUUCACCAUGGUAAACCAUGUUGAUGAUGACUAUGUUCCAUAUGGCAUCAUCAUGGAUGACCAUGUUGAGAAGUUUGAUCCAUAUGACAUCAUCAUGGAUGACCAUGUUGAUGAUUAUGAAUUCAAUACUCUACUAACCACCUCAGAUACUAGUACUCUCUCUGACAUCUCCAUAUUCACCAAUGAUCAUAUCCAAUUUCAAAUUGAACAAGAAACCAUAGAACUUCCAUCACUAAUGGAAUUUGAAUCUUUUCAUUCAAUUUUAUAUCCCCAAAUUGUUGAUAUUCAAGAUCAUCAAUAUCAAGAAGAAACUGAAGCAAGCUUCACUUCACAAAAUCUUUACCGAGGACAAAGUUCAAAUCUUUACACCGACGAUUUUCCUUCACAAAAUUUUUCCUAUGAAGAAAGAAGUCCAACACAAUCAAUGAAAUCAGAUUUUUCCUCAACACAGCAAUCACUUAAUCUUCCACAAGAAAACAUGCAAAUUGACAACAAAGUGAUUCUUCCACACUUGAUGGAAGCAUAUGGAGAAGCCUUGGAGAAAGGACAAAAAGCACUAGCAGAAGUUCAUUUGAAGUGUAUAAGCCAAAAAGUGACUCCACUUGGUGAUUCUCUUGAAACUCUUGCAUUUUAUUUGUCACAAGAAGUGACAAAUCAUGGAGAUUAUCUCAAAGGGGAAGCUCACAAGAAUUUUGAAGAAGCUUUUAAGGUAAUUUAUCAAGGAAAUCCAAUUGGAAAAAUAGCUCAUUUUGCUGCUAUUUCGUCUAUUCUUGAGGCUGCUAUGUUAGAAGAUUGUGAUGAAAUUCAUAUAAUAGAUUUUUGUAUUGGAGAUGGAAUUCAAUGGCCUUUUUUGUUGGAGGCUGUUUCAAAGAUGAAGAAAAGAUUGAAAUUGACAUCAAUUAAAUGGAGUGAUGAUGAUUCUGAAUGUGUUUGGAAUUUUGAGGAUACCAAAAGGGAACUAUAUGAGUAUGCUAAAUCAUGUGGUUUGAAAUUGAAGGUGGAGGAAAAAGAAUUGGAAGAGUUGGUUAGUGAGAUCAAAAGAAUGAACAAAAAGGGUUUGAAGAAAGAGUUUUUGGCUUUUAAUUUGAUGAUUGGUCUUCCUCAUAUGGGAAUGGUAAGAAGCAAAAGAAAAAGUGCUUUUGAGUUUCUAAAAGUAGCUGAGGAUUUGAUCAGAAACUAUGGUGGUAAGGGAAUGAUUACUUUUGGUGAUGGUGAUGCAUUUGAAAAACUCAAAAAUAGUUUAAAUUUUAAGUCAUUUUUUGAAGGGAAUUUGGUGCAUUAUAAGGCCUUGUUGGAAUCAAUUGAGUCACAAUUUUCAGAAAAAUUCUCAGAAGCAAGAAUUGCAUGUGAGGUGUUGUUUGUUGCACCUUGUAUAUCUUCUCUUGAUUGGUUACAAACAUGGAAAGAGAUGAAAAGUGAUGGUAAUUUUGAGGUUGAGUUUGGCUUAGAAGGUGAAAGAUUGAGCAAAAAUGUUUUGAUGGAAGUAAGUGAAGUUUUGAGAGGAAGUGAAAGUUCAUAUGAGGCAAGAAUUGAAGGACUAAAUGAGAAUGAACUUGUUUUGGAAUGGAAAGGAACUCAAUUAUUAAGAUUUUCAAUUUGGAAAAACUAAAGUUUAGGAAGUUAUGAGUACAUAGUACCUUUUUGUUUUUUUAAAAUGUUCCAAUUAAAAUUACAUAUUCAAUUGAUGAAUGUAUAGUUAUUAUAAUUUCAUUUGUAUAAAGAUUCUUCCUCCUUUUUUAUGUAUCCAAAAUAUAUCUAUAAACUAACAUGUUCUAAUUAUAAUAUUAUGUUUUAAUUUGUCAUA